AAAAUGAGUAAUAGAGUUUUUACAAAUGCAAGAUUUUUAGAAUACAGUCUAUUCAAGACAAUACUAAGUUUUGAAUGGGGCCUUCAGAAGAAAGUUACGCUCAAGAAGGAAGUUCCUGAAUGAGAAGAAGAUACUGAAGAAAGCAUUCUAUUUCUUCCUCUCUUUGAUGCCUUAAGAGACCCUCUCAAAUUUCAGUGUGAUUAUGAGCUUGGAAAAUUCCUUCUACGAUAUAGCUUCAUUGACAAAAAGCAAGAUGAGAAAGUGCUUGAUUGCUUGAAAUUAGUCCUGAAAACUAAUGAUUGUGAAUACGAUUCAGAAGAAUGAAUCCUUGAGUUUCCUCCUAAUUCGCUCAGACAUAUUAGCACUCAGCAAUUUGAAGAUUCCAAGUACUCUGAGUUUUACUUUACAGUCGCGUAUCUUCCCACAGUCAAGUCUACUGAAAGCUAUUGCUCUCGUAAGAUGAAAACAGUAAAGAGCAAACUAUGGAGUGAUGAUCCUUUGGAGCAGUGUCUCAAUGGCCAACUUAUGUUCAGAAUUUGCGGAAUCUACGACUGUAAAUUUGAUGAUGAAUUUCAGCAAGAAUUUGGACCGAUCCGAAACUCUCUGAAGACGAGAUUCUUUUCCCUUCCUCCUAAAAAGGAAACUCUAAUGAGAAAUAACUUCUUCAUUGGGAUGCAAAGAAUUAGAAAGGUGCUAAGCAAAAUGCCUUUUUCAGUGCACUACUCCAUAGUUUGACUUUUCAGUUUGAAAAUCAUAAGAUUCUUGGACUUUUCAAUUGAAGAUCUCGAGAAAGGGCUGGCAUAUCUUUUAGAUACUUGAGAAGAUGAUCCAUCACAGAUCUAUUGCAUCAAUAAAGCACUUCAAAUGUAUAAGGGAAGCAAAGUCUCCUUCUAUGAUUCUGUGAAACUUCUUGUAGAUAAAAACCUGAGUGAGUCUAAAGAUACAGAAAACUUGAGAGGACUCAUCUCAGUUAGAAGAGUCAUUGUUACUCCUUCGAGGAUCGAGUACUACUUCCCUACUUUAAGCAGACCAAAUAGGGUGAUCAGGAAAUUUUUAGACAACGAGGAGAACUUUAUGAGAGUGUCUUUCCAGAAUGAUGAUAGAUCCACAGGAAAAUUUAGCUUAGAUUUUAACACUCCUAUUCUCAAGCACAUUGAAGAAAUCAUGGUAAAGGGAUUUGUCAUUGCAGAUAAGACCUUCAAGUUCCUCCACUACUCUAAUUCCCAAAUGAAAGCUCACUCUUGUUGGUUCAUCAACGAGACAAAGGAACUUCAGUAUGAUGAUGUAAUGGAAUCACUUGGAUGAUUUGAUUCAGAAACGAUUCUCUCCAAGCGUGCUGCAAGGAAAGGUCAAGCUUUCAGUAGUGCAAUCAAAGUCAAGACUUUAAACAUAGAUUCAGAAAUCCAGCAAAUUGAUGAUAUACAGAAAGGUCCGUAUGUCUUCUCUGACGGAUGUGGAGAGAUACAUGCAGAAUUAGCUCGUGAAAUCUCACAUAAAUAUUUCGGUCUUCUUUCACUAGAUGCAUUCCAAAUAAGAAUGGGAGGGUACAAAGGAGUCCUGCUCAGUUCCAAAAACUUCACAGAAGAUUAUAAAGUGAAAGUGAGACCUUCGAUGAACAAGUUUGAACUGAACUCUGAAGAUACAGAAGUGGACUUAGAGAUUAUUAGAGGAGCAACUUACUCAUAUGGAUAUCUCAACAAACAAAUAAUCACAAUAUUAUGGGCUGGAGGUGUCGACUCUGAAAUAUUUAUCAAGAUGCAAAGGGACUACACUGAUUCUUUACUAGAAGAAAUAAAGGCUCUAGAUUCAGGCUCAGAUUUCAGCUUGGUUAAAAGCUAUUCGAAUUCUGUAAGACAUAUCAACACAAAGAUUGGUAAGGUGCUUCGAUCAAAUCUGAAAGUUCAAAGACAGCUUGAACAGCUUGAAGAAGUAAAAGGAGAUAAUUCUCAAAGGGAAUCUUUACAAAACUCACUCAUUGAUUUAUCAUCUGAUCCUUUUAUCCAUCCCUUAAUCAGAGGUAUCUGCUACAACAAGUUAGAUGAAGUACGUGCCAGAUUCAGAAUCUUUGAUGAGAAGUCCUGAGUUCUUAUAGGAGUCAUUGAUCCGGCAGGCUGCCUUGACGAAGGAGAGAUAUUCGUGCAAUAUGACCGAGAUGUCCUACUGAAGAACUCUAAAGGUGGCUCACCUUUAAAAUUUAUUGAUCCCAGUGCUAAAAUUAAGAAAAUUGUUGAAGGAGAAGUCUUAGUAACUCGAAGCCCAUGUGUCCAUCCCGGAGAUAUCAGAAAGCUUAAAGCUGUCUUUAAAGAACCUCUGAAGCACUAUGUCAAUGUGGUCAUCUUCUCGACUAAAGGGGAUCGACCAGAUCAAGAGAAGAUGGCCUCUGGAGAUCUUGAUGGUGAUAUUUAUUGGGUCAACUGGAGAGAGGAAUUUGUACAAAAUUUCACAGAAAGCCCACCCCAUCAACCACUGGAAGAGAGAAAGGACACAUGGAUCUCUGAGAAAGCUUAUAAAAUAAGUGAGAAUUCAUGAUUGACAAAUGUAAAACCAUAUUUUGAUGAUACAACAAGUUCUGACGAAGAUAUGUCACCAAUAAAAGGUUAUUCUUUAAGAUUUGACAAGACACAAAGAGAGAAAUAUAUUGAUCACUUUAUUGACUUUAUUCAAAAUGAUAAGCUUGGAGAGGUAGCUAAUUUGCACUGAAAAGUAGCUAACUCUCAUCGGAACAAAAUCAAAGAAAGAACAUGUUUAGAUCUAGCUCACAUGCAUUCUAAAGCUGUAGAUUACCAAAAGCAUGGUGAAAUGUUUGACAUUGUUCAUUUUGGUGAAAUCUUAGGAAACAAUAGAUACAAUGUUGACUUCAUGAGCUACAAAAGAAGCUUGCUCAAAAGUACAGUUAUCGAAUCUCCCGGAGUUCUUGGACAGCUAUUUCGAGACUUCGCUCUUACUCUAGAUCAUAAUUCCCAGAUAGCUCUUGAAUACAAGUACAGAAUCCAAUGAGAUUACCCUUUCCCAUCUGACUUACUCUCAGACCCGCAAAUCUUCCCUCAUCUCGCCCCUCUCUACACCCUCAUCAUCAAACCCUUCACCUCUGAUCUCAAAUAAAAUCAUGCUAUCAAAACGUCUCCUCUCCGAAUCCUGCCUUUACGACCCCAAUUACUCCUUCUCAAGUAUCACUAACACCCGAGACGAGAUGUACUCCCACCAAUCCGAACUAGAAUCCCUCCUCCUCUCUCUCGAAGACCGCUACCGCCUCAAAGCCCUCAAGUCCUACAAACAAAGCCUCGUUUCCAAGCCCCAAUCAAAAACUCUUGAAAAAGCGAUCAGGUUCAUUACUUACUUCUCUCUUGCCAAUCUGGGUGACCCCAGAUUGGAAGAAGUUAAGAAUAAUGAAGGAUUUCAAGAAUUUGUGAAGGAAGUUAGAGAGGACGAAUGCGGAACAAUCAGCUGGGAAGAAUAUCUUACUGUUAUGCACAAAACAACUUUUGUGGAAGAUUAUGAAGUGGAAAGAGUGGUAAGAAGCUUGAAAUUGUUCUCACCUUGGUGGUUUUUGACUAGAUAAUUGGCACAGAGGCGUAGUUUUGGAAGAGAAUGAGAGUUAUAGGAAAGUUGGGUGUUUGAACUGUAUGGGAGGAUUGGAAUAUUGCUGUUUGUUCUUUCUUCCUUAAAACUAUGCUUUAUAUCUU